AUGCCAACACCACCUUCACCGAACCAAUAUCCUCCUCAAUAUUCUCCAACGUCUGUCCGCACACAAUCUCCACACCCACCUCCGUCUCCACACCUCCAACCGUCACCACAAUAUCCUUCAGUCUUACCACCAACCGGUUUUAAUUCGCAGCCUCCCUCGCCAUAUUCGCCUUCUUUCCCGUAUUCGCCUUCCUCGCCAUAUUCACCUUCUUCGCCAACAGGAUACUCGAGUCAUCAACAACCGUACGGACGUGAAUAUGCUCCAUCGGUGCACUCGACGAAAUCUAAUUCAAACCUAUCAGCGUCUUAUCAUGCGUCUCCUCCAUCUCCGUCAGCAACCCAUUCACGCUACCCACCGUCACCAACACAUUCCACUCAGCCAUCAAACGGUAUAGUACCGUCGCUUCCAACAAUGGAGGCGAAUAAACCAAAAGACAAUGGCAUAGUACCAUCGCUCCCGACAAUGGAACCUCAUAAACGUCCGACCAAGACCGCUCCAGCAAUGGUUGCCCCUUCAUAUACGGGUUCGAAAAGAAAGCGCUAUAGUGAUUCUUCGAGGAAACAUGAUGAUGAUGAAUGGGCGGACUGUUGUUCUGUGUGUGGAUGUAUGCGAUGUAGCUGUACGUUCUGUCUCAUAAUAUUUGCAGCCUUAUUUAUUUUGGCUGGAGUUGUUUUGAUUGGAUUCGCGGCAAAGUUGCCGGCAAAAUGUCCAUCGUUAUGUGAGCACCCCGAUAUUAACAAUGCGCUAUCAAAUAGCCCAGUUGGAAAUAGCACUAGCAGUGCAGUGAGUGGAGCAAGUCAGUCGUGCACUGGAACGUGUACGGUGGCCGUGUAUAAGACAUUAAAAUAUUCUGGUAUCGGUCUAUUGUGUAUUGGAAUAUUUAUGGCCGCAAGUAUUGUGCUAGGAAUGGAUACGAAGUCAAAAAUAAGCAAUAAACCAGCAACAUUUAAAGAGGAAAUGUCCGAAGACGCUGCUGUCUCCAACGAUGGUUCUGACGUAGAAGUCGACGAAUUCGGUCGUAUGCUUCGUCGAAACUCGCAUCGCAGCCCAUCAACGUCUAGCAAUGAAUCUCGUCGCAGCUAUAGUAGUCGCGCCUCGCGUCGUAAUCGAUUGUAUCGCAGUCGUUCUCGAGACGACAAUCGAUAUAGACAUCGUAGGCGACGUAGUAGAAGUCCGGAUAGAUUUUACGACGAAGGAAAGGGAAGGAGGAGCAGUUACAAUAAUUAUGGGCAUGGGCGGACUAGGAAAUACUCGGACAGAAGGAUAAGAUCGGAAAGCGGCAGUAGAGACAGAAAUGCUGGGCAUGAAACGGGGCGAGAAAGAGAAGAGUUACGUUAUGGGAGAGGACUGGAUGGAAGUUAUGAUCCGUACGUUGCAGCGAGCCAGUAUAUUGACACAGAAUUCUGUACACGCAAAAUAUAUGUUGGAGAUCUCAGACAGGUUUCGCAAUCAGCACUUCACAAUGCUUUUUCUCAGUUUGGGGAGAUUACGUCUUUAAAUUUGUUCGAAGACAAGGGUUAUGCAUUCAUUGAUUAUGCAACAACAGAACAAGCAGCAGAGGCAAGGCGCAAAAUGAAUGGAGCGCAUUUGGGUGGAGGAUCUAUUUUGGAGCAAAGCGACCAGAAAGGAACGUUACUGGAUUCGGGAAUGUCCCUUGGAGCGAUGCUGGUGCGAAUUUUAUCAACAUGUUUAUAG